AUGCACACGGCCUCCACCACGGCGCGCGGCACCAAGCCCGGCGGCCUCGCCUCCUCGAAAUGGGCUUCCACGACCUCCCCCGCCUGGUCCUCCCGCGGCACCCCGACCUACACCCCCCGCAGCAGCAGCAGCAGCAGCGCCGUCGGUCCCCGCGCGACGUCCGUCAUAACCCCGGCCACGCAGUGGUGGGAGACGCCCAACCCAGCGCCCAAGCUGCGCGACCCCGCCGCCGCGACGUCCGCAGCGGCACCAUCCACAGCGACGCCGGCGGCAGCAGCCCCGACGACGCCGCCGCCGCCCCAGCUGUCGGCCGCCCAGCGCGAGCUCCGCCGCUACGUCCAGAUCGUGCGCCGCAUGAAGUGGAAGCUGCCCUACCUGCAGGACGGCUACCGCCGCGCCCUGACGCGCGAGGACGACGCCGAGCUCAUGUUCAAGCUCGACUUUUACGAGUACUACAUGCUCCUCGAGCGCGCCCUCGUCCACCUCCUCGGCGGCUUUGGCCGCGCCGUCGAGCGCGGGCCCGCCCCUGCCCCCGCCCCUGCGAACGGCACCGGCACCGGCACCGGCACCGGCGCCAACGGCACGCACCGCUACCACCAGAACGUGCUCGCCGCGCUCGAGAGGGCCGACAAUCCGCUGCGCGCGGCGCUGGGGACCGGCGACGUCCGCGUCUUCCUCGGCCGGGCCAAGGAGCUGAGGAACCGGUGGAAGUAUGCCGAGGGUGACGAGCCUUCGACUGCCCAGCAGCCGCCAUUACUAAAGGGACCCACGAGGGGCAGCAUCACGGGGCGGGCGCCGCUCGAGAGCUACGAUCUCGACUCGAUGUUUGGGCACAUUUUCGGCGGCUUCGAUCAGGGGUACGGCAUUGCCGAGGCGUGGGUCGCCGAGCUCGCGAGCAGGGCCGACAUGGUGCCCGCUGUUACCGCGGACGGGGCGGCGGGCGCCGACAUGGCAGUCGACGACGACGAGGAGUUUGACUUUAUGGUGGAUGCCAUGGACUGGGAGGCUGUUUAG